AUGUCAGACGCCGGGUCCGCCGAUCCGGGCCAUGAAGAAGAGCGCCCGGCCGACAUUCACGAUGAUGACGACGCGGGUAAUGAGUCCGACAAGGACUCCGAUCUGCUUUCCGAAAUCGACGAAGACCAAUUCGAGGAUUACGAUCCCGCGCUUGAGUCGCGGCCCGUGGAAAUCGACGAAAAUGUUGCAAUGACCCUGAAGGCUGCGAAGCGCAAGCAGGCCGAUGGUGGAGCAUCAAAGAAGCCGAAGGAGGGGCGCAGGCCAAAGAAGAGGUCGAGGGCAACGGACGAUGAGGUUGGCGAGGUGGAAAUUGGAGAGCGUCGCCCUAGAAAGACUCGUGCCACGGGUGAACGUCGGGCUGCUGCGAAAGAACCCUCGAAAGAGCCGGAGGAGGAGGACGAGAAUCUCACACCCGAAGAGCGCCGCCGUCGGGCGCUAAACCGAGCCAUGGAUAACGCUCUAAAGAACCCCAGCAAGCGCCGCAGAAAGAAGGACGAAAUUGACCUCGAAGACGAACUCGACAAUCACAUCGCACGUCUCAUAGUCGCAAUGGAGCACGCCUGCGAAGCAGACAACGAAGCGCGCCUCAAGGGCGUGGCUGCCACGAACAAGCUAAAGCUUCUGCCCAAAGUAACAGCCAUGUUGAAUCGAACAGCCGCCCAGGACUCGGUUCUCGAUCCCGACACCAACUUCCUGCGAUCCGUCAAGUUCUUCCUCGAGCCGCUGAAUGACGGGAGCCUUCCGGCGUACAAUAUCCAGCGCGACCUCUUCACAGCCCUCGCGGCGUUGCCCAUCAAUAAGGAAGUUCUUUUGAGCAGCGGCAUCGGCAAAGUCGUGUUUUUCUACACACGCAGCAAGCGGCCUGAAGCCAGCAUCAAGCGGAUUGCGGAACGUUUGGUUGGCGAGUGGAGCCGACCUAUCCUAAAGCGGACGGACGACUACAAGAAGCGGCAGAUUGAGACCCGCGACUUUGAUUUUGCCGCCGCCAAAUUGGCCCAGCGCCAAGAAGCCGCUGCAUCAGGCUCCCAAAUCACCCUCACCCAGCGUCCGGCCGGUGGCAAGUCGCGCUUGGAGCUGGAGCGUGAGCGCCUGCUCGCGCCCGAGGUCAAGAAGAACAACCGUGCGGCGCCGGCUGGCCUGCCCGCCAGUUACACUGUCGCGCCGCGUAGUACGUUUGAUGCCUCACGGGCUGCGGCCGAGUUCCGUCCCGUGGGCGCCGCGGGCUUGGAAGCGUUCCGGAAGAUGACGCAGAGGGGUAAGGGAGGUGGACGGCGCUAG